CUUGGCCCCUUGCUGGAAAUGCUCUUAGCUUUUGGGGUGGACUUGCUCUUAGUUAACUGUUGAUCGCUAUAGCUACACUCCAAGCUCCUCGUCUCCAUCAUCCAACACUUUUCUUUCAUACCUUCACUCAAGAGUCCCACAUCUGACUUUCAUUUCUCUCAAUUCUCACUAUAUAUUGAAGCAAUAGUCUCCAUCCCGAAUCUCUCUCCCGUACAUUUCUCUCUUCAAUGGCGACGAUAACUGACUCCAUCGCUCUCUAUUCUUCUGCUCAAAAUUCAUAUCUCCGGCCGGCGAUAUCGUCAAGGCCGGCUCUUUCCAUCUCUGUUCGCCGGAGACUGGGUGCGUUGCCGGAAUUCAGGGGCUUGAGAGUUCACUCGCUUCCCAAACCGUCGCCCGCUUCCUCCAAUUUUCCAAAAGCCAGGCCUUUUCCAUCAACUGCCGGGAUUGUCUCUCAAGCUCAGGAUACCACUCUCGAUGUUCCCACAGUUACGGAUAGAACAUGGAACUCACUGGUCCUCAAAGCUGAUGGCCCUGUAUUGGUUGAGUUUUGGGCUCCAUGGUGUGGGCCUUGCCGCACGAUCCAUCCAGUAGUAGGUGAACUAGCAAAGGAGUAUGCUGGGAAGCUUAAGUGCUUUAAGUUAAGCACGGAUGAUACUCCGUCAAUUGCAACCCAAUAUGGAAUUCGAAGUGUCCCAACCAUCAUGAUUUUCAUCAACGGUGAGAAAAAGGACGCAAUAAUUGGUGCUGUGCCUAAAACCACAUUGACUGCUACCAUUGAGAAAUUUUUGUAGGUGGGUAUGGAAGUCUUUUGCAAAAUUUCUAUUUGUAUUUUUCUUUUCUUUCAUGUUCUCUUUGCUGUUAGGUAAUAAAUUCAUUAGUCUAUCAAAUUUGGAAGCUUCUUUUAUCUUGUCUUUUGAUGGUCAUCUAUGUUGAUUUUCUACAUGAAAUGCCUCUCGACUUCUCCAAUAAUUUGGCUUUGCUGAAAAUUUCUUGCCCAAAAGAAGUACUGAGAUUUUGGAGGGUCAACUUUUGCAACUUUGAAAGGCUUCUACAUAAGACCCUACAAUGACCUGGGUCCUGCCUUCUUACCCCCACACGUUUUUUCAUAUUUUCUACCAUUCUAGAACUUUGGAACUUGACUAGUCCUUCAUGUUGAUUUGAUGUUGUUGGAUCUUACUGGAAAAUAUGUUGUUACUUUCUUUUGAAUUGCUAUCACCAAUUAAGACAAAUAAAUCAAGGGCUGCAGCCUGCGUACAAGUUA